AUGGGACCUUGGUCGGCGGACAUGAAAACUUUCAUGGGGGCCCUGUCGGCACGGCUGAUCGACGCCACUGGAGACCAUAGGGCUGGCGCUUACCUCUCCCAGCGUAUAUCCCUGGCAAUACAGAGAGGGUAUUCAGUUUUAGAUUUGUACAAGGAAUUAGAAUUUGGGGAUGUUGAUGGAAAAUAUCUUAGUAAAAUUUGUUCCAUUCUGUUUCAGUUAAUAAAUAUAACUGCAACGUUAACCUGGAAUUACUCGGAUCUCUUCAUAGUUUGCAUAAGUUAUUAUUUAAAUUCAAUCUUACAAGGAAUCUACAAAAAAGUGAUUGAUAAUAAAGCUAAGGUAUGUAUGCGAAUUGCCUACGACUACGAACCGAUAGAUAUUGCUGUUCCGUAUAGGAAAUAUAGCCGCAAACAAAUAUACCCGUUGUCUUCGAUAAUAUCCUAUUCUAUUAUAUUUUCUCAGUUGCAGUAUUUGUCUUCAAGUUUUUGGGCUUCGGUUCGAGAGGACUACAACCACGCGGCGCAGCUGGUCCGAGCGGUCGAUGAGGUCGUCAGUGGCGCCGUAUUCGCAUCUUUUACCAUUAAUCUGUUCUUCAUUUGCUUUCAACUGUACAAUUUGUUGUCGUUACUUGUGUUGGUUUUUUCCGGCUCUUAUUUAAUUAAUGAUGUCUCGUUCACAAAUUUCAGGCCAUUGGGAGGAUAUGAGAAUGUGAUAUAUCUCACCUAUUCAAUGAUGUUUGUUUUAUUUCGAUAUUUGUGUGUUUCUCUCAUCGCUGCUCGAGUGCACACAACCUCACAGUCCCUGGCUCCUGCACUUUAUGACGUUUCAUCGACCGUUUAUAACGUUGAGGUUCAAAGAUUUUUGGAUCAAGUUCAUCAUGAUACGGUGGCCUUAAGCGGUCUUAAAUUUUUUUACGUCACGAAAAGUCUCGUAUUGACUGUGGCUGGUUCUAUUUUUACAUACGAGCUGGUUCUAUUACAAUACGGUGGAUAAUAGUUUUAAAUAAGUAAUAUUAG